UGCCAACUAUGUCACACAAAAAACACCAUUCGUUUUAUGUUCGCAACAUUCAACACUGAUGAUAACAAUUUAAUGAUAACAAUUUUGUUUACCAUACCAACCCGGCAUAACUACAAAGUUCUGUAUUAUUCAUGCAACAGGUACUUUUUAAACGAGGAAUUCGACACUUAAAUGGUGAAUUGUUAUUAGAAAGAAAUGUCGCGACUGUUUGUGAUGAAAACUCCUUAAAUAAUUUUACUGACGCACGUGUGAACAAUAUGGAUUUAUUUGAUAGUUUAUCUGAAAAAAAAUCCGAGCAGGGCAUGCUUGAAACUUCCAGUGAUCCUCUUAGCUCAAACCAGUUCCAAAAUAAUAUCUCGUGUAAGAUCGAAAAUGAUGCUUAUCCUUCUGAUCAAGAAAAGUACAUCUUUUAUUUUAAUAGCAACGAGCCUUACGAAAUUCAAGAUGAAACUGAUGAGCAGCUUACGAAAAAUGAAGAUCUGUGUGUCGCAUGUGGACAUGUCUCAGCGUACGAAUUUUUUAGUUUCCCGAUUAAUGUUGAUAUUCGACAGCAGUGGGCAAAGUUUUGUGAUAUAAAUUUAGAUAAAAUAAAACCACAUUUUCGCCUUUGUGAUGCACAUUUUAAACCCGAAGACUACCAAAUCUCGAUGCAACGUAGAGUAUUGAUGGCGACAAGUGUUCCAACGUUACGACCAAAAGUGAAACACAACUUCACGCCUUCGAUUAGUCAGAGCUUUCAAUUCGGUGCAAAUGUAAUUAGUUUUUCAAUGCCAAAGUCGAAUAUAAACACAUCGCAAGAUACGAUCAGCAGCUUGGACUUUGAAAAAAACACUACCGUCGCAGAUGCUCCUAAUAAACGAUUGUGCGGGAAUUUUAAAGAUAUUACGAAUAAUCAGGACACCAUUCCUCCAAAGACAGCGAAAUCGACAACGAAGAAAAACUUGAAACACGAAAAAUGUCACCUAUUAGAGAAAAAUUUACGAUCAGAAAUUUUCAGAUUGAAAAUACGAUGUUCUCGUCUCGAAGAUACUGUUGCCAACUUUGAAAAUAAAAUCAAGCAACAGGUUGAAGAGUGUUUAGUUACACGAGCAAAUACUUCCGGAAAUGUUACGAGAGAUAUUCAAAACUUGACUUCAUCGAUUAACGCUUCCUCAGAAAUUUCGAGGCACAAUCUUUGUAAUACGGAGGCACGAACAGAUCAACGUUCCGUGAGAGAAACGCUCGUAGGAUCUGCCGAACAGGUUACCGAAAAUGGUUACACUACAGAUUCAAACAUGUCUUCCUUAAAAAUAUCGAUCGGCCAUCCUCAGAAAGUAGAAGUAAAACAAGAACUAUUUACCGAAGAAGUUAUGCUCGAUGAACCUGCCGAAAUGGUUGCCGAAGAGAAUCACUUUGUAAAUUCGACUAUUUCUCCCCGAGAAAUAUCUACCGAGCUUCUUCAUAAUGCGAAGGCAAACCUUAAACAAUUUUCCAUAAGAGUGGACGCAGAAACUUCCAGAAAUGUGACUGAAAAUAAUCGUUACCCUUUGACUACGUCUUCUGCGGAAAAUUCGAAUACCAGACGUUGCAGUACAGAGGAUCCACUUGAGCAACAUUUCGAAGAAGCACCUCCGGAACCGGAAUAUUCUGACGAAGGUAGUAAAUCUCCUAAGUCUACCAUUCCUUCCUCAGAAAAGUCGUUAAAGAGUCGUCGUAAAGCAGAGGCGCAACCAGGAUGCUCAAAAGAUCAAGAAAACUCCGAUCAAGGUCGGAUUACUCGAUCUGCAAAACAGAACAAACAUCUCCCAAGCGUAAAAAAGCCAACGCGAAACUCCGGCAAUGGUUCAAACAAGGUGACUGUAGAGAUGCGGGAUUCAUCGAAGCCGUUUCACUGCCAAGUGUGUAACAAACAGUUUACUUAUAGAAGAUCUUUCAAAGCACAUGAAUUGAUACACAGUGAAGAGAAACCCUACAAAUGCAGAACUUGUGGCACACGAUUCAAGAGCUACCAGAGUAAAUGGAUUCACGAACAACGCGGGCAUGUGGAAAGAGCUUGUUUUGAAUGCGCUGUUUGCGGAAAAAAGUACUCUUAUAAAGAGUCUCUCUUUACACACCUGAAACUACAUUCCACGCCAUUUGCUUGCCAAAUAUGUGGCAAAAGUUUUGCUCGAAAAGAUCAUCUUAGACAGCACGAACGAAUGCAUAGUGAAGAGAAAAGCUACAAAUGCGGCAUUUGUGACGCACGAUACAAGCACUAUCGCCAUAAAGUGAGGCACGAACGCACGCAUGAUGGAGGUUUUUUCGAGUGCCCUGAUUGCGGAAAACAGUUUCCCUAUAAAGAUGAUCUCACUAAACACCUAAGAGUACAUUCCGGUGUGAAACCGUUGUCUUCUCGGGAAAGAGUUCAUUUUGAGUGCGCUGAUUGCGGAAAAAAGUUGGCCCGUAGACAGCGUCUUGUUGAGCACCUGAGAAUACAUUCUGGUGUGAAACCGUUUUCUUGCCGAACGUGUAGCAAAAGUUUUGCUCGAAAAGGCGAUCUUACUGAUCACCAACGGACGCAUAGCAAAAAGAAGCCCUUCAAAUGCCGCAUAUGCGACCAACGAUUCAAGCAUCAUCGCAAUAGGGCAGUGCACGAAAGUAUCCAUGUGGAGGGACCUCGUUUUGAGUGUGCUCAUUGCGGCCGCAAAUUCCGCGCUAAGCGAAACCUAGCCAAGCACAUAUCAUCGAAAUGUACUUGAAGCAUGUGUUUCCAAAACGCACCAAGUCCAUUUUCAAAGAUUAUUAGGUUGCAAUGCCAUCUAGCAUAAAGUUGCGCCCCAAAAUGGCUGAUUUUUUGAUAUGUUGUGCCCAAGGGUCUUGGCUACAACAUAUCAAAAAAUCAGACAAUUUGGGCCAUUUCUACGUUUCCAAAUUGUAUGAGUACUAAGUACCAUGAAUUUCUUAUCAAUAUUUUUUUGAAACUAGUGCAUUUUGGAAACACAUGCUUCACUUGAAUAUCAAUAAUUGAGUGCCAUCUAAAUGUGUAAAAUUGAAAUCUGUGUUUUUUUAAUGUGACAAAAAGUUUACUUGAUACUUGAGCGAUUUUUUAAAUUCAGUUUAUUCUUAGAGAUUGACGUGUAAAUGCCUCACUUGUUGAUAUCCGACUUGUGUUUCAAUUUUUAUAUGGAAAAAAAUACACAAUGGUAUUUUA